CUGACAUUUCAUUUGACGUUGUUGUCACAAACUUUGUAAAUAUUUCGCGACUGAUUUAGAACAACAAUAUUUGUGUUUCUAAAUUUCUUACUAUGAUAUCUAUUAAGGCACUAGCCUUGAGACGUAUUUUGAGAGAUGAGGCCUUUAUGAUAAUGCAGUUAUGCAAACAUUCCCAUGACUCCAAGGUUGAUGCUGAUGAUGCAUCAGCUAAAGCUGAAUCUAAACGUAUGGCAGAAUUUCGGAAGAAGUUAAGAGAAACUACUCCUAUCAAAGAUCUUGGUGAACAGCCGUUUACAAAUCCAGCAAACCAGGAGAAUGCUUUGCCACCAUGGCCCAAUGAUACCAAUCCCCACACUGGGGAGAUUGGUGGACCCCGAGGACCGGAACCAACUCGUUAUGGAGACUGGGAGAGGAAAGGCAGAGUGUCGGAUUUUUGAAAAUAUCUAGCAUUAGCUCCAAUUGUUAUUAAUAA